ACAAGCGGCGUGAAAGCUGUUGUUAGCUUUUAGCUGAAUAUAAUAUAGGGUUAUGCAUUCGCUGUUGUAAAACCUCUGUCACACUCUGGUUUAAAAAAGGCCAUUGCCUGUAUAGACGCGGUUAGUGCGUAGCGCGUUUCGGCAAGUGCACUUCUUAAAGGACCAACAUGGCUAUACAGUGUUGGCGUGCAAUAUGCGGAUUUAUUGGAUUUUAAAUCACAUGUUCAAUGUAACGUUUGCGAGAAUACAGGAUAUUGUUUUAGAUUUUUAGUUACAAGAGAUAAACUGCAGUUUGUGAUUGUGUACUAUUAUCAAUACGGGUUGAACUGGAACUCAAAAUCAACAUCACUAUAGAAAUAAAUAUACUUGACACCCCUAAUUUUGAAAAUAAAGUGAUCCAAUUUAGAAGGAUGGGAGAGUCCACUAGUCAUAAAUGGGAUAAAUAUGCCUCUCCACCAUGUCAAAUGGGUACAAGACAAUCUAAGUUAUUGGUUACAGCUACAAGGCUACUCGUGGGUAGAAGUGUACUGCAAUUGCGCGCCUUAUUAAUGGUAUCGGUGAACAGGGUAUUGCUUAUUUCAUAUCAAGCGAGCAGACAACAUUAAUAGGCUACGUACGAUGAAGGUUCGUGUGUCACGUGCAUAUUCAUUCUUGACGCUAAUAUUGGGAGUGACAGGAAUACUGGCUUCCGUUAUAUAUUUUUCUAACUACGAUGCUAAUAUUGCACUAGUAAACAUAGUAAAUAUAGACACCUUUAAGAUUGAUUUGCGAGUAAUUGUCAUAGUUUAUAAUCGGGCACAUUCCGUCCUUCGUUUACUAGAAUCUCUGAACAGGGCUGACUAUGAAAAUGACAAUGUUAAAUUGGAGGUCUGGAUAGACCGCUCUAUAAAUGGAACCGUGGACCAAUUAACGGAACAAACAGCGCGGGAAUUCCGGUUCCGUCAUGGCGCGUAUGAUGUGAUCGUGCAUCCACAACAUGUUGGCAUUUAUGGACAAUGGUUAUCUACAUGGAAUCCCAACAAUAAUUCGCAAGAAAUUGCCGUGAUUCUCGAAGAUGACCUCGAGGUGUCGCCGCAUUUCUAUAAGUAUCUGAAGCAUGUGCAUUCUAAAUACGACCAUUACCCGGAAAUUAACGGAUUUGCACUGCAAGGUCUGUCCAUUCAUCACGGGGUUAAAACAUGGCAGAGUUUCGUUAACUACACAGAUGGCCAGUGUGUGUACCUAUAUCCGGUCCUGGGAACUUGGGGAUUUUCGCCGAGCAGAAAGAAUUGGGUUCGAUUCUUGGACUGGUAUGCGGAGGCAAGAAAAAAAUCCGACUUUAAACCGGAUGUUCCCGGAAAUGUUGCGACCUCUUGGUAUAACACAUUUCUUGAACAAGGAAAGAAUUAUACAAUGUGGUCGAUGUGGCACAUUCACUUCGCCUGGAAGCACGAUGAGUACACGUUGUUUCCAAAUUUUAAAGAUCACAAGGGUCUGACCACCAACUGGAUGGAGCCCGGCUUGCAUUACGACGCAAACAGUUCGAGACAAUCGAACCCUCUUCUGGAGACCUGGGAACCCGGAUAUGAGAAUAUUCCAGCACUUCCGGCCCGUCUGGAUAUAAACGGAAACAUUUCUAGUCCACCCAUCCUAAAUAGUUAGCGAAACGAACUCAAGUCCAUAUUUUCGUGUUUUUAGACGUUUACGUGAUCUUUUUUUUGCGCCGAGAGCGUUCUUCUGCAGUGAGGACUCAUUUACCCGCGUGAAAAGUUCUGACGGAUUAUGUAGCACAGCUGCCAUUCCAUAUAUAUAUAUAUAUAUGGAUAAACUGAGUUUUUGGGGGAAAUGUGUCAGAGUGUGCCGAUGGUCAAUCUUGUACUGGAUAUUGAAUUAGGAGAGCUGAGGUGAGAAGCGGACGUACGGGCGGUCAAAUGCGUAUAGGAUCAUUUGUAUUUAGUGUUGUUUUUACUUCAGAGCAUUCCGAUAAUAACUGUGAUUCUUGCUGUUUUUUUAUAUAAGCAUACGUGUCGUGAAUAUUAUAUGAGAUUGUAUACGUAACGUGCUAAUUCGCGGCAAUUGGUAAUUAACGUUACAUAUAAAAUCUCAUAUAAUAUUCACGAUGUCGUGAAUGUUAUAUGAGAUUUUAUACGUAACGUUAAUUACCAGUGGUCGCGAAUUAGCACGUUAUUAUUAUUAUUAUCUGACGUCAUAUGUAUUUGUAUUGUUGUUGAUGGGCAGUUGAGUUAAAGGAUCGAACCUGAACAGUCGUGUUUUGCAAAUAAACUAAAAGUACACCACUAUACCUUCGUGAAAAUACGUUUGUUGAUAACAUCUCAUGUGGUGUUAAAAUCAUGUUUGUGCGUUUUAAAUCCCAACCAAUAGUCACAACAAAAAUCAAAAUUAUGGAUGCGGAAACGAUGUUAAUCGACCCAAAAACAGCUUCAGUUUUUGAAAAUGAACAUAAAAAACAAGUACUUAAAAGUGGAAACAAAAAUUCCCGUCCUACCACGAUUCGAAAUUGUGUCCUUUAGGAUGAAAUGUUUUUCGCGCUGUGAUGCAUUUAAGUACAUGAAGCUAUACGAAAGAGCUCUGUUAAUAAUGGGCACAUUGUGUUGCAAGUUUUUAAUUGAACUGUGCGAUUUGUGUUUGCGAAAGUUCAAUUCAUACGAGAUGCAUCGACGGAAACAGUGUGAAUACAUUAUUUCUGCACGUCAAACUUCUGAUAAAAUGCCACGAUAUGCCACUUUCAUGUAGCAGACACAUUAGGCAAUAUAAGCGACAGUUACAAAAGCCUUCCCUGUCAUUGAGCAACGAUGUGAAUAAACCCAUAUACACUGUAACACAAAAGCACCGUAAAUGUUCAUUCAAAUAAUACAAUCUAUUCACAGGCAUUAUUGCUGAACUUCCGUGGAUGAACAUACAACAGAUAAUCUAUAACGCAUCGCAUAUUAACUCAUUCAUGCCUAGCGUCCUGAAAAAAGGACAUUGCAAACAGCGUAGACCCAGAUGAGACGCCGCAUGAUGCGGCGUCUCAUCUGGGUCUGCGCUGUUUGCUUAAAGGAACUUCAUUAAGUAAUAUUCAAAAUAUAGAAAUAAAUAUACUAGACAUCCCUAAUUUUGGAAAUAAAUUGAUCCAAUUUAGAAGGAUGGGAGAGUCCACUGGGCAUAAAUGGGUUAACAACAACAUGAUUUUCUUAAAUACAUGAACGUGAUGUACGACACUGAGCGAUUGGAUUAAACUGAAAAUACGUUUAAGAUUUCCGUUUGACGUUUUGCUCGAACUCCUCUGAUUUUAGUUCGCGUUUGUCAGCAUGGAAAUCGUUUUGCACAACAUUGUGAAUAAAGCAAUUCUCUUAAUAUAAAAAUGUACGGAAAGUAAAACAAAAGAUGUUUAAACUUGUAUAAACAGUACAAUAGGCCUUUGUUUCGUUCGCCUGACAAAUAUACAGGACAUCAGGUUUAACUAUAACAUGACACACAAUAUAUAGACGUGUGUAUCUCUCAUGUGACUCUUAAAAUAGUAAUAUUUGUUUUGUCGGAAUAUGAGACAUUGCCCGUAUAGUUAUUUAAAUUUUGAUGUUAUUGACUAUCACUACUAUGGCGAGUAGCCCAGGGGUUCUUUCAAUGUCUAUUUUAUUUUCUUAAAAGAACACACUUUAUCCUAUUACCAGUUGAAAAUCGAUAGUACAACAUAACAACGAUCGUAUAAACAUGAGCUUUAUACUAUCGCUAUUUUUAGAACAGAUUUGGGUUUUUCCAAAAAUUGGAGGAUCUGUUUUUGUCAACUACGAAAACACAAAAUCGUCAAAAAAUGCGAUAUUUGACAAUUCUUAAUGACAAAUAGGGAGGAAAUAAUAGGAUAAAUAGAAUAUUAUGUGAGUUUUGGAUAAAGAUCAAGUUAAUCAUGCUCGGCUCGAACCAUGUUAGCGCUCGACAGGCCUCGCGCUACAUCGGUUCUCAGCCUCGCAUGAUAAACUUGAUCUUUAUCCAAAACUCACACAAUAUUCUCUAUUUAAGCGCACUGUGUUACAUGUUCGGUCACAUCAAAACAAUGGGAUAAAAUUCAUUGUGUAUUAAAAUAGUAAGGCACGGCCGUAUAAUUCCUUUUUAAAUUAAACUUCAUCAGAAAUACGAUAUCAGGGCUUGUAAUCCCUGCCGAGUCUUUUCUGACGUGGAUAUCCCACCAGCAGGAAAAUAAUUCAGAAUGUGAACCAUACUACAUGUAGCCAUAUUAUACUUCAUUGAAUUCCUUAAAAGUACUACUACUUUUCAAAAUACAGUGCAUGCAUUCGCAAUGUUAAGCACUUGCCAGUCUUUGAGAUUUAACGAGCAAGAGUUCGAUGGUCAAGAGUGGUCGAAGAUAUCAAGACUCAAUGAAUGUACCUGUUUAUCAAACGACUACUGUUUUUCGAAAGCAUGGUUUGUAAACGAAACAUUAUAUGCAAACAUAUUCGGUCAUUCAACACCAACAACAACAACAACAACAUUUAUUUCAGCAAUAGAGCUUAUAUAAGCUCUUAGCCUACACAUAUAAACAUUUAAAAAAAAUUAUAUAUACAAGUAAUGGCAGAUGUGGAUCAAAUGUUAAAUUGAAUACAUGGUGUUAGUGCAAAAAAAUGUUCAUUUCAUAUAUGUUUAAAUGGUAAACAAUAAUUAUAUAUUCGUUUGAAAAAAUAUAUUCAACAUUGACAACAAUGUAUUGUUAAGAAUUACAGUAUUCAAAUUAUUUCAAUGCGAAAUAAAAUUCAAUGACGGUU